GAGAAAGAUUCGUGAGAUUUUGGACGUCUUCUUCAAAUUUAAGUGUAGAAUCUUCUCAGUCGGUAGCUGGACAAUAUCUUGGCCACGAUGGAGUAGUAAACCUGACACCAAGAAGUAUUUUGCCGACGAGACCAUUGAUGACAGGCCCAGCAUAAGUUCAGAUGGCUUUGAGGCCUGAGAAAAAAACUAGGUCAAGUUCUUGGCUGUGUCAGUUGAUGUUUUAGUUUUAGUGGAACAGCAACAAAAAGUGUAAAUAUAAUGGUUGCGACACAAAUAAGAAACAUUUACUUUCAAAAAUAACGUGCAUACAUUUGGAAGGGGCAAGAAAAAUAACUUCUCGAUAUGUCGGCAUAAAAGUUAAGUCUGAAGAAAGUUUUGCAGACACCUCUGUCGUUUGUACUAUGAUAGUGAUAUAACAACACGACACCAUUGUCAAGUUGACAUCCAUACGUCACCGUUUAAUUCUGAAGAUUUCAGCAUCAAGAUCACUGAUAUUGAAUUCCUCAUCACCCUUCCUACCAAGAAGAGCUUAUUUCUUGAGACAAGGUGAUUUUAACUAAACUACAGUAUGUACCAUGUUGAAAAUGGUGUCAUUUAUAUUUGAUGAUAUUCAUGACAAAAGUGAGUGACAUCAGCAGUAUGGUAGGCCCCUGCUUGGUGAUGCCAAAACUUUCUUGUACUUUUUAAGGGAAAUGUGAGAUUGGAAAACUGAGUCUGUAACAUGGAGAAAUAUGAGAAAAUAAGAGUUGUGGGCCGUGGGGCUUACGGGACAGUUCAUCUGACGAAACGGCUCCACGACAAAAAGCUAGUGAUAAUAAAGCAGAUCCCGGUGGAGCAGAUGACGAAAGAGGAACGCCAAGCUGCACUGAAUGAAGUGAAGGUUUUGUCAAUGUUAGACCACCCGUACAUCAUACAGUACUAUGAAAACUUCUUGGAGGAUAAAGCCUUGAUGAUCGUUAUGGAGUACGCCCAGGGAGGGACGCUCUUUGAGUAUCUGCAACAGCGCAAUGGGAAUCUACUGGACGAAGAGGAGAUACUGCAGUUCUUUGCACAGAUGGUGCUGGCGUUGCGACACGUACACUCGAAGCAAAUUCUGCACCGUGAUCUGAAAACGCAGAACAUCUUGCUCGACAAGAAGAAACAGGUGGUGAAGAUUGGUGACUUUGGGAUUUCUAAGGUGCUGAGUAGUAAGAGUAAGGCCUACACAGUAGUGGGGACGCCUAGUUACAUCUCCCCUGAGCUGUGUGAGGGCAAACCAUACAACCAGAAGAGCGACAUCUGGGCGUUGGGGUGCGUACUGUAUGAAUUGACGAGCUUGAAGCGUGCAUUUGAGGCGGCUAACCUGCCAGCGCUUGUGCUGAAGAUCAUGCGGGGGACAUUUGCACCGAUCUCGGAGACAUACAGUGAGGACUUGCGGUCGCUGAUCCUCAGCACGCUCUACCAUGACCCACUGAAACGACCGCAUAUCAACCAGAUCAUGGCCCAGCCCCUGCUGAUAAACCCCAUCAUGAACCUUCAUACGGACAUGGGCAGGAUUCCAUGCACCCGUGUACACCGCCCACUCUCCAGCCUCCCCGCCACGGCGCGUGGUAGAAUGUCCAUCAGAGGAAGUCACGUGCUCGCACGGGAUUCGCUGAGCGGGAAGCCAACCACGCUUAGUUCUGUGUACUGCUGGGGUGGCGGGCUAAAUGCACCUGUAAAACUCCCACUACCCAGCAGUGACACGCAGGUGAUGCAGGUGGCUGCUGGGCGAACAAAGAAGGCAGCGGUGACAAGGAAUGGCCGCUUGUUUGUCUGGGAGUCGCUGGGUGUUGGGGAGGGUAUCCUCCCGGGGACGUCGACGGAGGCGCCAAGCUUCGUGCCGCGUUACCUGGAGGGGCAGUCUGCUGUGGUGAUUCAGCACGUGGCUUGCGGGGACCUGUUCACGGCCUGUCUCACUGACAGAGGCAUCCUCAUGACAUUCGGCAGCGGCGCCAAUGGUUGUCUCGGGCAUGGAAACUUCAACGAGGUGUCUCAGGCAAAGAUUGUUGAGGCAUUGUUGGGGUAUGAGGUGGUUCAAGUGUCGUGUGGUGCGUCACACAUUCUGGCAGUGACGAACGAGCAUGAAGUGUUUGCCUGGGGCCGUGGGGACAAUGGCCGUCUGGGGCUGGGGAACCAGGAGACACAGUGCACACCGCAGCCCGUGCCCAUUCCCAACAAUUUGAGCGCGCGCUCUGUCCACUGCGGAGUGGACUGCUCCGUCAUCCUGACAUCAGACAACAAGCUCCUGUGCUGUGGGAGCAACCGUUACAACAAACUGGGCAUGGAUGAGGUUUUGGUGGGAGGGGAGCCUACUCCGGUUCAUUCUGUGGAGGAAGUACUAAGCUUCAGUCCGGUUAUGACACUGCCUCUAAGCUCAUUGGCUGUCAAAGAGGUUGCCAUGGGUACGUCGCACACAGCUCUGGUGACUGUGGAUGGCCGGUGUUUCACCUUCGGCUCCAAUCAGUUUGGUCAGCUCGGAGUCCAGGCAACGUCUGAUGACGAUUCGUGCAUGCCAAGGUGCGUGGAUUCUCUGAAUGACUUAUUGGUGUGUGCUGUGGCAUGUGGGGACACAUUCACCGUGGCUGUCACUCGGGAAGGUAGGGUGUUCUCCUGGGGGAAGGCAUCACGAGGCCGUCUGGGAAGGCGGGACGGAGAAACCUCCUGCCCUCAUCUUGUGACCUUCUCUGGGGAGGAUCCAUUCACCGUCAUCUCCUUAUCGUGUAGCCAUGGCAACACGUUGCUUGCCACUAAACCCAUUUCAAGGGCAACUAGUCCGUUAGAAUGAUCAAAAGACCUCCCACCAACAUUUAAACAGUUGUUUUGUGGACAGAAUAAACCUUUUUUCAAUGUCAGAAAAGGGUAUAAACAUGAAACUGAAACUUUAAAAAAUGUUUUAAUGUGGCCUAUCUCAGCAAUUUAUCCUGUUGAAGGAUCAAUGCACAUGAUCAGAAAGCCUUUAAAAACUGAACAGCCACAAAAACACCAAGAGUGGACUAAAGGAAAAGGUGGAUCAUCCUUUGUUUUUUCUUUUCUGUUUUGGAUUUCUGAAAUUGAACAGCAUGUGCAGUAAGUGCUACAUGGUACAUGCGGGACAUGUACAUUUGGUAGGGAUUGUGAUCACGUUAAUGCUCAGCACAAAGUAUACCGUCGCCAUUCUUUUUUCAUUUCUCAUUUUAUCAUUGAUCAUUAAUCUUUAUUCAUUUUAUUUCAUGCCAUAAACCUUCAUCCUGUACGAUACUGGCUGUGUCUAAAGGUACUGCUCUCCGUGGAAUACUCCUGGAUUUAUACAGCAUAAGAAUCUUGUUCAUCUUCUGUCUUUCUUUUAAUGUACAUUUCUUGGAUUCUUAACUGUACAUUGUUUCAAAGUGGAGACUUUUAAUGAAUUUAUUUGAUCUA